AUGGUCGUCAAACUCUUCAUCUACGCUGCCAUCGUGGUGGGGUUGGCAUAUCUGGCCCUUGUAUUUCCAAGACUCCAACAAGAAUACAAACUCUGGUCUCAUCGCUCUCAACUACCUCCCGGUCCAAAGACGAUCAGAACUGGCAUCCGCAAACCAUGGCUCUGGUUCCAAGAACUAAGCCAACAAUACGGAGACGUAGUGUACCUCCAACUUGGCCCUACACCGACCAUCAUUCUUGGUUCCGCACAAGCAGCAUGGGAUCUCCUCGAGAAGCGCGGGGCGGUAUUCUCAUCGCGACCACGCUUUAUCAUGGGUGGUGAGCUGUUAUCUGGUGGUAUGAGAGGCCUCAUGGCGCCUUACGCGUCAUAUUGGAGACGCUGGAGAAAGCUUUUACACAGUGGGUUCAUGCAACGGCAGAGUGAGACAUAUCGGCCCAUCCAGAGUCUUGAGAGUAAGGUUUUGAUGCACGAGCUUUUGAAGAGUCCUCAAGAUUUCAGGACGCAUUUGGAAAGGUAUGCUGCGAGUGUGAUUGUUACGGUUACAUAUGGCAGGAGAGUUGAGGACGUAAGGAGUGACAUUGUGGUCAAGCGGAAUGCCGAAGCCAUGGAGCGUCUGACAUUAGUAAACAUCCCGGGGAAGUAUUCCGUCGAGCGGUAUCCCGCACUCAAAUACGUACCCAGCUUCCUCGCUCCUUGGAAAAAGCAAGUCUUGCAGCAACGCGAAAAGGAUAUCCAUCUCUACACGGAACUCAUGAAUGAAGUUCGGGAAAAGGUGGAAAGAGGUACUGCACCAACAUGUUUUGCCAAGCACCUUCUCGAAGAACAGCAUAAUCUUGGAAUGACUGAUCUCGAAAUCGCGUAUACAGCAGGAUCACCUUUCGGCGCUGGUGUUGAGACUUCUGCUGGAUCACUUGCAAGCUUCCUGCUCGCAUGUGUCAAAUUCGGACCUCAGUUCAUUCCCAAAGCUCAAGAAGAACUUGAUCGUGUCGUUGGAAGCGACAGACUUCCCACGUUUAACGAUCUACCCAAGCUCGAGUAUGUCAGAGCAAUCGCAUCUGAGACUCUUCGGUGGAGACCUGUCGCUGUUCUUGGUGGAACACCUCAUGCAAGUACAGAGGACCAUGUAUACAAGGGAAUGUUCAUUCCGAAAGGAAGCACAAUUAUUGCACCGCUAUGGACACUCCAUCUCAAUGAGGCCGACUUCCCACAACCACACGAGUUUAGGCCCGAGCGCUUCAUGGAAGAGAGGGACUACCCCGGCACACUGGGUCAUAGCGCCUUUGGCUGGGGACGUCGCGUUUGUCCUGGAAUGCAUCUCGGUGCUGCAUCCGUGACACUCAACAUUGCGCGAAUUCUUUGGGGCUUCGAGGUCAAUCCGGAGAAAGACGAGAAGGGCCGGGAUAUUGAAGUCGACAUCUUCGCUUAUUCGGAUGGCUUCAAUUCUAGCCCGUUGCCAUUUCCAUGUUCCAUAACACCUCGUUCCGAGAGUCACGCUCAGAUUAUUGAGAAGGAACAUGGAUAUGCGUUGGAUGACUUGGUUGAAUACACUGCUGUGACGAGUAAAGUGUCUUGA